AUGGACUAUUCGUAUCUGAAUCAAGCUGCGGCCGCAGCGGCCGCCGGCUUCGAGGCGUCCAGCUGCGCCCUGGCCGCGGGAGAGAUGCAGUGCAGUUACGGCGAUCUGAGCUCGUGCUCGCAGAUGAGCCAGGCGGCUUAUCGCUAUACCGCGGCACGAGCCGCUGGCUAUCCCGGUAACGCGGCUGCCGGCGCCGCUGCGGCCGCCGGCACGCCGCUAACGGCCCAUCACACUGCGCACCCCCACGCUCACGCGCACCACGGGGCCCACUCGACCCCGUGCUCCGUGAUGGCCGCCAGGUCCCAGGAAGUCCACCGACACGCCGCCUCCAUCUUUCCGUCGGCCAUCAAUCUUCAGAGCGGCUUAGGGUACAAAGCUUAUUCAGGACACGACGGCUUGGCGGAGAAGAGAAAACAACGUCGGAUACGAACGACGUUUACGUCAGCUCAGUUGAAAGAGCUGGAACGUGCAUUCCAGGAGACGCAUUACCCAGAUAUUUACACCAGAGAGGAGAUCGCUAUGAAAAUCGACUUGACGGAAGCUAGAGUGCAGGUGUGGUUCCAGAAUCGGCGCGCGAAAUUUCGCAAGCAGGAAAGGUUGGCCCAACAGAAGUCUACAUCGCAAAGCGGAAUCGGUGCCGACAGCGGCGCGUCUAGCCCCGUGACCGGCACCGUGAAGGCGGAAGGACGUUCGCCGAGGAGUCCGGCGACGCCACCCGGUGGCUCGAACAGCGUGUUAUCGUCGAACGAAAUCAAGCCGAUGGCCAAUCAGAGCUUGAUGAAGCACACCACAACCGACGGCGUUGGCGAUGGCGGUUCACCGAACGCACGUGGAAGCAACAGCGGAGGCAGCGGUAACGGCACCUGGGGUUCCUGCAGUCCCAGGCCGUUCUCGGCAGCGCUACCGCCCUAUCUGCUAGAUCCGCUGCCUCUGAAAACCGCAAACCUCUAUUAA